AUGCCUAAUUUCCCAAUCGCGCUCGUCCUUAAUCUCGCGGCGCUCCUGGAAAAGCUCGACGAGGCGCUUCUUCCGGCAGUGUACCGCUCCCUAGCGCCGUCUCUUAAUCUCCACUAUUCCGCGCCGGCUUUCUCCCUAGGGACCCUGGCGUUCUAUAGGUGCCUCGUGCAGGCGCUGGCAGCGCCGGCUGCGGCGUAUUUAGCGGAACGGGGGGAUCGCGUGGCGAUAAUCGGCGCGGGGGCGGUGGCGUGGGGUGUGGCAACUGCUGCUGUUGGUAUGGCGUCGACCUACUGGGGGGUCGCCAUAGCGCGCGCAGCAAGCGGCAUCGGGCUCGCCCUAGUCCUCCCCUGCAUCCAGUCCCUCCUCGCGGACCUCUCACCAGAGCACCACAGAGGCGCAGCCUUCGGUGUCUUCCAGGCGUCCUCCCACAUGGGCUUGCUACUGGGAGCCGUGGCCGCGUCUGCUCUCACUGGCCGGGCUUUGUUAGGGCUGCCGGGGUGGCGGGCGGUGUUCCAUCUCGUGGCUCUGCUCAGCGUUGCCUUCGGCCUGCUGCUGCUCUCCCUCUCCUCCUUCUCAUCCUCCUCCUCCUCAUCCUCCUCCGCCGCCUCUGCCGCCUCCCCAUUUUCCUUCUCCUUCCCCUCCUCCGCCUCCUCCUCCUCCGCCGCCUCACGGCCCUCCUCCUCGUUUGUCUCGUCUGCUCUCGGGCUGUUCUCCCGUCCCUCCCAGACGACACACCCUGCCUCUGCCGCUACCUCUUCCGACUCUCUCCCGGUCGCUGCUGCAGCAGCCCCUGCAGCCACGACACCUGCAGCAGCUUCCCUCUCCUCAGCCAGAGGGAGAAGCACUCUCGAAGACUGGAGCACUGCUGUGUCUAGGGCUGAUCCCACGCCUGGGGUGUGGAGGGACGAGCCUCUCUCCUCAGCUGUGGGAAAUCUAUGGCAGAAGCUGCGCCACGUGGCGUCCAUCCGCACGUGCCAGCUCAUCAUGCUGCAGGGCGUUGUCAGCCAGGCUCCGUGGAGCGCGCUGCUCUUCCUGUCCAUGUGGCUUGAGCUCAUUGGCUUUGACCCAUCGCGGGCAGCAGAGCUGGUGGGUGGGGUUGUAUCCCUCCUCUCUCUGGGCUUUCUCCUGGGCUCUCUCACAUCCGGAUGGGUGGGUGACAGAGCAUCACAGCACAUCCCGCACGUGGGCCUGGGGCGCAUUCUAUGUGCCAACAUCAGCACUGGCGCUGUCGUGCUGCUCUCUGCACUGCUCCUCAACGUCUUUCCUCCCUCGCCUGCUGAAGCUGCCGCUUCUGCGGGUGCUGCUGCGCUGUCUGCUUCCUCUGGUUACUCUGCCUCCUCCUCUGUCUCCUCCUGGGGAUUUCUGGUUCUGUGGGAAUCAGCACCGCACGCCCUGCUCUUUUGCCUGAUUGGAUUCGCAGCCUCCUGGCCACUUCCCUCCUGCAACCUUCCCAUGCUCUCAGAGCCUGCGCGCCACAGCCUAUGCAGCAGACAUGACUCACUGGCACCUGUCAGCCGCGUUUGGAGGGCCAGCAGUGGGGCUGGCUGGCAGCGUUUUAAGGUGGUGCCCUCUCGCCUGCGCACCACAGCCUAUGCAGCAGACAUGGCUCUAGGGCGUAUGUCAGCUGCAUUUGGAGGGCCAGCAGUGGGGCUAGCAGCCAUCCACCUGUACGGAUUCUCCACUGCUGCUGCUGCCGCCGCCAUGGCUGGUCGCUCGGGGGUGGCCUUAGCUGCUGCCACUUCGGCUCUUGAAGCCUCUGGAUCCGCAUCCGCUGCUGCAGCAGGAGCAGCAGGAGCAGGAGCAGGAGCAGGACUCGCAGCAGCAGCAGCAGCAGCAGCAGCAGCAGCAGGCGGGGUGGAAGCAGGGGAGGUAGGGGCUGGAGAGGGUUUACUGGGAACAGGUGGGGCGGGUUUUACAGGGCUGGCAGCAGCAGCUGUUGCUGCUGCUGCGAAUGCAGAGUCGCUUGCCAAGGGCUUGUUUCUGGCGAUUGCGGUUCCGUAUGCGGUGAAUGUGAUGCUGAUUGCUGCCUGCUUCUGGGCGUAUCCCGAGGACCAGAAGCAUGCGUCAGUGGCCAACUGGGUGGAUGCCUCUAGUGGGGCUGGUGCAAGCAGUGCUGCUCGUGGUGGUGGUGGUGCUGCUGCUGCUGGUGCUGGGUCUGGUGGUGACGCUGAUGUGACGAGGAUGGAAGGCAGGAAGGCUGGCAAGGCAGGGAAGGGUGAGAAGGCAGACAAGGAGGAACAUUUUGAGAUCAAUGUGCAUGACUCGAGUAACUUAGCUGAGCUGGGUAUGGGUGGUGGUGGUGAUGCUCUGCAAGGGAGGCCAGAGAACAAUCAACAACAGCUGGAGAUGCAGCAACAGCAGAGGCCACUGGGGAAAAUGGCACUUGAGCCUGAGUCAAAUGAGACGGAGACAGAAUCGAGACCAUUAUUACGACGUCCCCAUGUGUAA